AAUCCUAUGCAAGAGAUAUUAUUUUCAAUUCCUCUCUUAAAAGUGUUUGAAUCAAACGACGCCGUUCUAAGAAGAAAGAAAAAACUUUAGCAGUGCUUGCCUGGGCCCUCUGCAACAUUCGCCUUUCACUUUCAGCAGAGCACGCAAAACAAGAAAACUCAAUAAAGAGAUAAAGAUCCUUUCUGUUUCGAAUCUAAUUUUCUUCUCUCUAUUUCCUAUCAAUUCCAUUGAUUCACAGAAAUCGAAUUCUACGUUAAUGGUAGUGUUGUUGAUUGGCUGGGACUGUUAAGGUUUGUUUGCGUACAAUGGAUACGGCGUCGUCUUCGACUCCAGCAGAGUUUGAUUACCUGUUCAAGUUGUUGCUGAUUGGGGAUUCUGGCGUUGGGAAGAGCACGUUCCUCUUGAGCUUCACUUCCAAUACCUUCGAGGAUCUCUCUCCGACAAUCGGUGUGGAUUUUAAGGUGAAACAUAUUACCAUUGGGGGAAAGAAGUUGAAGCUUGCAAUUUGGGACACAGCUGGACAAGAAAGAUUUAGAACUCUAACUAGCUCAUAUUACAGAGGAGCUCAAGGGAUAAUAAUGGUGUAUGAUGUAACAAGGCGAGAAACCUUUACAAAUCUAUCUGAUAUAUGGGCCAAGGAAAUUGACUUGUACUCAACAAAUCAAGAUUGCAUCAAGAUGCUUGUUGGCAACAAAGUUGAUAAGGAGGGUGAAAGGGUUGUCAGCAAAAAAGAGGGUAUUGACUUUGCAAGAGAAUAUGGAUGCCUUUUCUUGGAAUGUAGUGCGAAAACUCGAGUCAAUGUGGAGCAAUGCUUCGAGGAGCUUGUAUUAAAGAUUUUGGAGACGCCUAGUCUCUUGGCUGAGGGCUCAGCUGGGGUGAAAAAGAGCAACAUCUUCAAACAGAAACCUCCCCAAUCUGGUGCUUCCACUAGUGGCUGCUGCUCUUAGUGAUUGUACUCUGUUGUUUCUUCAAACUCUCCCCUCCAAAAGUAGCAUUUCGUUCUUACCUUCUUCCCCAAUUUGAUCUAAAAUGUUCACAUGCAAUUCAAUUUGAUGGGAAAGUGUACAUUUAGUUCAAAAAACAAUGACUAAUGUCUCCAAUGACACUCCUCUUCCCCUUUACAGCUCAUGAAACGAAGGUUUGCAAGAAUCAGUUGAAUAUUGCUGAUAAUAUUUCAAUCCGUAUGCGAUGGACUGAAUGGUCUUGAUUU